UUCCUGGUCCAUCAACGUUCCUAUAGGGAGGAGUAUUCUGCUGGAAUUCUUGGAAUUCGACAUGGAGAAUGACACCCUCUGUCACAGUGACCAACUCACAGUAUCUGUGGGUGCAGACUCAGGGAGGCCUAUUGGGAGGUUCUGUGGCAGCGCCCCCCCGCCCCCAGUGCUCAUCGACUACCACAGUGCUUCUCUCCACUUUGUGUCUGAUGUCAGUGGAACAGGAAACGGAUUUGUUGUUAGAUUCCGAAGUGUCGAGGGAAAUUCUGUGCCUGCGUCGGGAUGUGGUACCGUGGCUCUGGUCCAGGAUCAGAAGGCCGUACAGAGUCUCAACUACCCACAAUCCUACAGCAACGACUCUGUCUGCCACUGGGUCAUCUACGCCCCCAAGGGUCACAUUGUCAAGCUUGACUUUGAUGACUUUGACCUGGAGCAGUCGGAUGACUGUGAGUAUGAUUCGCUGACUGUACUUGGAGCUGUGGAUACAAGAGAGGAGAUAGCGGUGCUGUGUGGUAGGAAUGUGCCUCCCCCCAUCCUGAGCUAUGACAACGUGAUGGUCCUCCAGUUCACCUCUGAUAGCACGGUCACCUACCGAGGCUUCCACGCCACCGUGUCAUUCAUCAGUAAGAUCGACCUGCUGGACGGGGAGUCAGAGGAGGACACUGUUCACUACCGCCACUCACUGCCAGACUCGUGUGGAAUGCCUCAUGUCCGUGCUGCCUCGACCCCCAGUGAGUCUCUGGAAGGAGAGGGGGCGUCGCGACACGCCUGGCCCUGGGACGUGCGCCUCAGUGUGAACACUAAGAACAUCUGCUAUGGGGCAAUCAUCCAGCCUGCCUGGGUCCUCACUGCUGCACACUGCCUUCUAGGCCUGGAGGUGCAGUCAUUAAGGUCACUAUCAGUGGAGACGGGAGGCCCAAAGAAGCAGAGGGGUGGUGUGAGGAGGCUAGUGCUGCAUCCUCAGUAUGACCCCUCCUCCCAGGACUAUGAUGUGGCCCUGCUACAGCUGGACUCCCCGCUGCUCAUCACUGAGCAUGCCCAGUCCGUCUGUCUGCCCUGCUCGGGACAGGAAGUCCCACCCUCCCAGGUCUGCAUGCUCUCAUCGUGGGAGGGUCAGACAGGUGGACCAUGGAACAGCACUGUUGAGCCGCUAGAGGUGCCACUUUUGAGUCAUGCUGACUGUGAGCGUUAUAACACUGGUAGACUGACCCCUAGAAUGCUGUGUGCUGGGUCACCACAGCAUCAUGGACAGGACACCUGCACGGGUCCAGGUGAUUCUGGGGGAGCCCUGGUGUGUCAGACAGAGGACUCUGGUUACUUUGUCCUGGGAGUGAGCAGCCGAAGGGAAGGCUGUGGGAAGUUCCAGAGGCCAGGAGUCUACACCUCAGUCCCCAUGCUAAGAGACUGGAUCCAGGAACAACUCCACGGCUUUCUCUCCACAGAAGAUUCAGCUGACUCCUCUAGGACCCUGCCAGGAGCAGCAGGAGGAGAUUAUGAUGAUAAUAACUAUGGAGCUGAGUCAUCUGGAGAAUCCUGUUAGCCUUGAGCCACCUAGCCUGAGGCUGGUGGACCAUGUGGUUCUCUAGCAGAGCCAAGCUGCUUUUUGUUGCUUCAUAUACCACUCAGAAAUGAAGCAGACAUGAUUUGAAAAAGGGAACAUCCAAUUAGCACGAAUUCCAUGGAUUUGUGGGAAGGGCUAUGGAACAAUUGUAUUGUCAUACUGUCUGUCACACACACACACGCACGCACGCACACACACAAACUUUUUAUUUGUAAACCAGUGCUCAACCCCUGAGUGAUCUGACACUGGAGUGAUAAUA